AUGGCCGCCACAGUCGACCACCGUGGAGUUACGCCAAUGAAUUUCGAUCACGAAAGCCCUAAUGAAUACCAAAAGCGUCCUACACCUGAAUUUGCCUUCUCCGACUUCCUCAAACGCGAAUACCGCUUCGGUCUCGAUCCUAACCGACCGGUCUGUCAAGCAGACCGCCAAGGCCUCUGCCCAUUAGGCAAUCUGUGUCCUGAUAAACACGGCAACCAUCACAACAACAAUCUCGUCUGCAAGCACUGGCUGAAAGGUCUUUGUAAGAAGGGUGACCAAUGCGAUUACCUGCAUGAAUACAACAUACGGGCUAGAGCAGAAUGUACGAACUAUAAUCGAAGUGGAUAUUGUGUUAGUGGAGAGGACUGCAAUUAUCUACACGUCGAUCCAGCAACGAGACUGCCUCCUUGUCCGCAUUACGAGAAGGGAUUUUGCCCUUUGGGUCAACGUUGCAGCAAGAAGCAUGUGCGGAAGACGUUGUGCAGAUUCUACCUUGCUGGCUUUUGCCCUUAUGGAAGGCAAUGUAAGGAAGGUGCGCACCCAAGGUUCCCAGAGGAUUUGCCGAAGCCUACUCUGAAAGUUGAGAAGACGGCGGAGGAGAUAGAGGCAGAGAAGGAGAGACUGCGGGAGGAGGCUGAUCGACAAGAGCAGAGGGAGUACGAGCGGAAUGAGAGCAACAGAGGAAGGGGUAGAGGUAGGGGUGGUGGAGGACGGUAUAAUCCUAGGAGGCGAGGAGGAGGUCACGAUAGAUGA